GUCAACAAGGAUAGUGAAAUUAUUUCGAUCUUUAAAAAGUGAGUUUUCUGAUUUGUUCUUUUAUUAAAUACAUGUCAAAUAUACAUCGUUCCGCGAGAAAUUGAAAAAUCUUUCAAAUGGUAGCAAAAUUACCAGACAUAUCAGCACCAUAAUGUCGAUAAAGACAAAUAAGACAAAUGUCAUGAAGUGUGUCGUUCCAAAUUGUAUCGCUACAGAGAAGUUGUUCCGUGUUCCUAAUGCAGAAAAUUCUAUGUUUAAAAGGUGGACAAAAGUUGUCGACGUGCUGGGCCUCGGAGAUGAGCGAAUUUGCCACAGGCACUUCCCGUUGGAUGCUUUUAUUGAGAAUAGCCGAACAAAGCUCAAGUCAACUGCACUCCCGUCCCUUCGACUUCCUGAUGGCAACAAGAAAGCUUAUUUAAAAAGAGGAUGUUGCAUUAAAGGAUGCUCCACCAGGAAACUAUCUCUAUUAGAAGGAUUUCCUUCUCACAAGUGUGUAUUCCAUGCCAGAUGGCUUCAAAUUCUUGGAAUAUCGAACGAGGACGUACAAAAGAGUCUGCGUAUUUGUCGGAAGCACUUCACAAAAAAAGAUUUUGUAACAGUACGGACCCGUUACCUGAAACCCAACGUUAUUCCUAGUAGGAACCUAGUUCGGCCAUUACAAGGUACUCAUGCUUCGACACAAUUUUGGUUGCAUGAUCACACUUAUUGCAAGGAUGGCAGUAAGCCAAGGAGUAACCGCAGUUGUUUCGUGGUUGGCUGCACAGCAAAGAGCAGCAAAGGUAUAAUCCUUCACAGCUUUCCGACAAAUAAGAGGAUGGCGAACGUAUGGUUAACUGCAGUGAAAACUUCCGGAAAGGUGACAAAAAGCGCAAAAGUCUGCAGUCAGCAUUUCCAUGAUAGCGAUUAUCGAACAGAUUUGAGCUGA